GGGACGGCCCCGCGCCGCAGCAGCAGCAGAAGGCAAACAUCGAGUAGGAGCAGCCGAGGCGGACAGAGAGGAGAGGAGAGCCACCAACGCAGCAGCAGACGUACUCUGACCACCCCGAGCUAUACCAUCGUCACGGCGUUUGGCGUCAACAGCCCAGUACGCUCUUGUUUUCGUCUCAUGCAUUUUUAGAAAGAGCCCGUCGUCAUCAUGACAGCGGAAGAAACCAUCAACGUGAAGGAGGUGGAGAUCAUCAAGGUGAUCCUGGACUUCCUCAACUCCCGGAAGUUACACAUCAGCAUGCUGGCCCUGGAGAAGGAGAGUGGCGUCAUCAACGGACUGUACUCUGAUGACAUGCUCUUCCUCAGGCAACUGGUUCUUGAUGGCCAGUGGGACGAGGUGCUGCAGUUCAUUCAGCCCUUAGAGUGCAUGGAAAAGUUUGAUGGAAAAAGGUUCCGCUACAUCGUGCUGAAGCAGAAGUUCUUGGAGGCUCUGUGUGUUAACAACGCCAUGUCGGCCGAGGACGAGCCGCAGCACUUGGAGUUCACCAUGCAGGAGGCCGUCAAGUGUCUCCACACCCUGGAGGAGUUCUGCCCCUGUAAGGACGACUACAGCAAACUGUGUCUGCUGCUGACCCUGCCGCGGCUCACCAACCACGCAGAGUUCAAGGACUGGAACCCCAGCACCGCGCGGGUGCACUGCUUCGAGGAGGCCUGCAACAUGGUGGCAGAGUUCAUCCCCGCCGACAGGAAGCUGAGCGAGGCCGGGUUCAAGGCCAGCGGGAACCGCCUCUUCCAGCUGCUCCUCAAGGGAGUCCUGUACGAGUGCUGCGUGGAGUUCUGCCAGAGCAAGGCCACCGGCGAGGAGAUCACGGAGGGCGAGGUGCUCCUGGGCGUGGACAUGCUGUGCGGCAACGGCUGCGACGACCUGGACCUGUCCCUGCUCUCCUGGAUGCAGAACCUGUCGGCCGGCGUCUUCUCCUGCGCCUUCGAGCAGAAGCAGCUCAACAUCCACGUGGACCGCGUGUCCAAGCCCGCCAAGACGGGCUACGCCGACCUGCUGACGCCGCUCAUCAGCAAGCUGUCCCCCUACCCGUCCUCGCCCAUGCGCCGGCCCCAGUCGGCCGACACCUACAUGUCCCGCUCGCUGAACCCGGCGCUGGACGGCCUCUCCUACGGCCUCUCGGGCCAGGAGAAGAGGGGCUCGGCCGGGGGCGAGCCGGCGGUGGGGAAGGGGGCGUCGCCCAUGUCCCACUCCUUCGCCAACUUCCACUACCCGGGGGCGCCGGGGCAGAACCUGAGCCGCAGCCUGAUGAUGGAGAGCGCCGACUGCCACAGCAUCUUCGAGGAGUCGCCCGAGACCUCCAGGACGGACACGCCCGUGGACCCCGCCAUGCUGAGCUCAGGGGGAGCGCAGAGCCUGAGGCCGGCCUCCGCCCCCGGGGAGGACGCCCCCACCCCGGAGCUGGCCGACAGCACCGAGCUGCGCGACUCCACGGAGAAGUUUGAGGAGUUCUACCGCCAGCGGCUGCGCGUGCAGCAGCACCUGGAGCAGAAGCAGCAGCAGAGGCAGCUGUACCAGCAGAUGCUGCUGGAGGGCGGGGUCCAGCAGGAGGCGCCCGCCGCCGACAUGCAGAACAGCCUCACCGAGAAGUUCCUCAACAGGUCCAUCCAGAAGCUGGAGGAGCUGAACGUGGGCAUGGAGAGCCUGGGGGAGGAGGUGCAGUCGCUGCAGGCCCAGCAGUGCAACGGGGCCACCCCGGCCAUGGAGGACAGCGUGGACCUGUCGGCCCCCCCGGGCCCAGAGCAGGGCCCCCCCAGCGGGGGGGGAGGGGUGCGGAGCAGCACCCCGCAGCGUGCGGCCGGGGGGCACGCCAUCCCACCGCCUAAUGAGUCCCCCGUCACCCCCCAUAGUGGGCUGAAACACAUGGAUGGCAGCAAAGGUGAUUCCCCGCGCUCCUUAGGCUCCAGUCAAGAGUCCGACCAGCCCAUAGAUCUGUUCGUGCCGGUGAACACGCUGGAGGACACGCAGGCCAUCCGCGCCGUGGCCUUCCACCCGGCGGGGGGGCUGUACGCCGUGGGCUCCAACUCCAAGACCCUGAGGGUGUGCGCCUACCCGGACACGCUGGAGACCAGUGAGUCCACUCCGUUGAAGCAGCCGGCGGUGGUCUUCAAGAGGAACAAGCACCACAAGGGCUCCAUCUACUGCGCUGCCUGGAGCCACUGUGGGCAGCUGCUGGCCACCGGCUCCAACGACAAGUAUGUCAAGGUCCUGCCCUUCAGCGCAGAGACCUGCAACGCCACAGGCCCCGACCUGGAGUUCAGCAUGCACGACGGCACCAUCAGGGACCUGGCCUUCAUGGAGGGCCCGGAGAGCGGGGGGGCCAUCCUGAUCAGCGCCGGGGCCGGGGACUGCAACAUCUACACCACCGACUGUCAGAGGGGCCAGGGCCUGCACGCGCUCAGCGGACACACAGGUCACAUCCUGUCUCUGUACACGUGGGGCGGCUGGAUGAUCGCCUCGGGCUCCCAGGACAAGACGGUGCGCUUCUGGGACCUGCGGGUGCCCAGCUGUGUGCGCGUGGUGGGGACCUCCUUCCACGGUUCAGGCAGCCCCGUUGCCUCGGUAGCGGUGGACCCCAGCGGGCGUCUCCUGGCCACGGGCCAGGAGGACAGCGCCUGCAUGCUGUACGACAUCCGGGGGGGCCGCACCGUGCAGACCUACCGCCCCCACGGCAGCGACGUGCGCUCGGUGCGCUUCUCCCCCGGCGCCCACUACCUGCUCACCGGCUCCUACGACGCCAAGGUCAUGGUGACCAACCUCCAGGGGGACUUGACCAAGCAGCUGCCCGUGACGGUGGUGGGCGAGCACGGGGAUAAGGUGAUCCAGUGUCGGUGGCACCCGAACGACCUGUCCUUCCUGUCGUCCUCCGCAGACCGCACUGUGACACUCUGGACGCACAAGCCCUAGCACGCCCUAGCACGCCCUAGCACACACACACGCACACCGACACACACACACACGACUAGCGUUCGAACAUGUCCAGCUCCAAUACAUUCUUUACACGCCCCCCAGCCACACACACACACACACACUACGGCUGUACGGUUUGCGUCACACAGACAUGAGUGGCCUGUCAGGCCCCCCUGGCAUGCAGCCUGCUUACUCCAGAACAAACCAGAAACCACACACUGCACACCCACCCAGUGAACGAGGCUUGCCUCUUUUAUCCCAUGGGAAAUGGUAAUGCGUACGAAGUCUGCCAGGCAUCUAGAUGGGCCCUGAUUGGAGGGUUUUAGUCUUGUGAAUGCUUUUUGGUUUGCGUUCGGCUUGCUCAGUUUCCUCCAUUUCAUUUGUUUUCAUGUGGUCAGGUCCCUCAUCUCUUUUAUUUCUUUAACCGCGCCCACUGCUCACCAGGCACAGCACUGAAUACAUGAUCUGAUUACAGCGAAUAUAAAUGAUGGUGCCUUCCUGCAGUUUCCCCGACCUAAAGAAAACUCUCAAAGAUGAACAUAAACCAUGGUCUUUUCUAAAGGUCAGGUUUUGGUUCACGGUUUUGACAUGAAAUGCAUUCCUGCCCUUUGUCCAGUCAGUCUUUCUCUAUUAUUUUUUAUAUUAUGCUGCUAUUUGGAAGUCAUUGUUGAGAUGUUGAUAUUAAGGUGGGGCUGUGAAUGUACAUUUCAAUGCAUCUAUACAUCAGGCCUUCAGGAAACUGAAUAGGUGGAAAGUUAUACAAUAGCCUAACUAUAUGUCAUUCAUUCUACCAGUACCUUCAACCUUCUCAUUUAUAGUGUAACUGUUCUUAUUCUAUAGAUCUCAGCGUUGUACAUAGUGGGAUGACCUUGUAUAAACUUGCUUGAUGUAAAUGUAAAAAACAGUGUUUCGCUCUAAAAGCUGAUACAUUGUCUUGAAAUAGCUUGCAAUUCUUUUUUUUUUCUAACAUAUGGCCCCAAAGGGAAUUACAAAUAUGCUUUGUUGUUUAUAUUUGCAUCCUGGCGUUGGGUGCAGGAUUAACAUCGUACAGGUGGUCUACUGUGUGAGGGUUCAGUAGGUCUGAAGCUUUGGCCGUUGAAAAAGGGGUCAUUAUAUGCACAUUGAAAUCUUAAAAAGCACGCAGUUGUUUUGUCGUUCAUUUCAAUGCCAGUAUUGUAUGUUUGCACAUUUUCUUUGGAUUUUUUGUUACUAAUUGACCCUUCUAGUUGAUUAAUAUCUUAAGCUUUUUAAAUUAUUGUUCACGUAGUGUCUCUGUUGAACUAAAAAGUGGCCAAACUAAAGCAGGGGUGUAUUUAUUUCACUGCCUCUUCAUGUGAACUGAUGGUUCUAUGAAAUGAACGCAGCCGAUUUUCUAUGUGUUUUAUUAUGUGAUUAAGUUAAUGCUACUUAAUUGAAGUGUAAAUUACUGGUUUAUCGAUGGAAUAAAAAGAUAUAUUACACUUCAGAUGCUAAAAACAUUUUCUCCACCUUCUGUUCACAAUAAAAAGACAAGACAAUUCCCCUACCAACAAAGGCAUUAUCAAUUUUCAUACAUGUAAGGUACAUACUGUAUUUACAGUUGGGACGCAUUUGAAGAGUUGAGGCUUUAUUCCUCUGAUCAACAAAAAACAAGUGUUACAAAAGAGCACCACAAUCUGUACAUAGGUUAAAAGUUAGUUGAUAUUUUUUAUAUUAGGAGACGCUUGUCUGAAAGGGUCAAAUUCCCUGAUAGAGACAACGCCUUCAUCAGACUAAUACUCGACAUACA